GUGAAUUAAAGUGAAUUAAACCAGUUGCUACCUUGACGCUCUCAACCAUACAUCAGAAGACUGCAGGAAGAAUUGGUGAUCUCUGUGUACAGAAAAUAUGCCUUCUGUUAAUAAUGGGAAUGAGAAUCUGCAUAUUUCUCUAAUGGCAUGAAAUUACAGAAUGACCACAGCCCAGCCACCAACUACAAAGGAGCAGGAACAACAAAAGGACCUGAGCACACCUGAACAUCUCUGCCUGAGCGCCUUGUGUUACUAAUUGUUCAGCAAGACAAGUCUCUUGGUCUUACUUGGACAGGAAGCACGGGGAGAACGCUGACAUCCAGGAUUCUACCAAGGCCGUGAUGCAAGAAGGAUCUACAGAGGAGCUUCACAGGGACCUCCUAUGUGAGAGCAAACUAAGUGAGCACACCAGAGCACUGCUUAAAAGCAGAAGGACAGUGGUGACAGGAGGUGGAGGCUACCUGGGAUACAAUCUGGGAUGCGCUCUUGUCAAGGCAGGAGUUGCUGUUGUUCUGUUUGACGUACGAGAACCCAAGUGGGAAAUUCCAAAUGGUGCAGACUUUUUCAAGGGUGAUGUGAGGGAUUACGAAGCAGUGCUCAAAGCAUGUGAAGGGGCUGACUGUGUUUUUCAUGUGGCUGCUUGUGGAAUGUCAGGAUUAGAACAACUUCAAAAGAAAGAGCAGAUUGAAUCCAUAAAUGUUGGUGGCACUGAAGUCAUAAUUGAUGUCUGCAAACAAAGAAAUAUCCCUAGACUGAUAUAUACCAGUACAGUGAACGUGGUAUUUGGAGGGAAUCCUAUUGAAGAAGGAGAUGAAGAAACUGUGCCGUAUUUUCCACUGGAAAAGCAUUUUAAUCAUUACUCUAGAACGAAGGCAAUUGCAGACCAAAUGGUUCUUGCUGCUAAUGGGACUUUGCUAAAAGGAGGCGCCGAGCUCCGCACCUGCGUGCUCCGUCCGCCAGGCAUCUACGGCCCCGGGGAGCAGCGCCACCUGCCGCGGGUAGCCGUAAAUAUCCAGCGGAGACUAUUUAAUUUCAAGUUUGGGAAUCACAAAGUUCUGAUGAACUGGGUUCACAUAGGAAACCUGGUACAAGCUCAUUUACUAGCUGCUGAGGCUCUCACCUCUGAGAAGGAUUAUGUAGCUAGUGGACAGGCAUAUUACAUACAUGAUGGUGAAAAUGUCGUAUUUUCUGAAUGGAUUGUUCCAUUGUUUGAAAAAUUAGGAUACAGUAAACCCUGGAUACAAAUUCCUAUUCUCCUGGUUCAUAUAGCAGCCGCUGUGAUGGAGUAUCUGCAUCUGGCAUUAAAGCCAUUCUUUAGCUUCACACCUUUCUUGACAAGGAAUGAGGUCUGGAACGUUACUGUAACUCACACUUUCCGAAUAGACAAGGCACGAAAUCAACUUGGUUACAAACCAAAGAAAUUCUCAUUUGCAGAUUCUGUGGAUCAUUAUCUUAAAACAAGACCUGUUUGCCAGGAAGGUCACACGUUCCUUAAAAAGCUCUUUGUUUUUGGUCUUUUGUUAAGCUUGAUCAUUCUUUCCUUCUUCUAACAUCAAACAGCUAUCCACCUGUUCCUGAAAAACUGGUUUUGUUUCUGGGGAUGAAUGACCUGCUCGUUCUGUAUUCCUUAGUCGCUGUGAAAGUUCUUGUUCUCAUUCGUUAUUCUUCUCAUUGUGAUGACUUCUCCCUGGUCUUACCCAAAAUAAAAAAAGUGAAAACAAAGCGCAUCAGGAAAUGUUCCAAAGGACAAUGCAGUGACACAGAAUCAAAGGAACUCACCACUGAUGGGUGAAGGAAGAGUUUGAAUGCACUGGAUCACUACUGGAUCACGUCAUACUGAGAAUGAUUUUCUAAAAGCAAUCAUCCAGAAAGGUGAGGAUUUGGAAGAGGAGGAGCCGUCAUAGAAGCGCAGUGCUGUAACAAAACCAGUGGCUCCAAUGAAGAGAAGUCUGUCUCAACAAUUGCUCUGAUGAAGCUGCUACUACAGCUACUGCAUGUUAGUGCCAGGAAUUACGAAGACCUGGGAAAUAUUACAAAAAUAAGUGAAAAUGUAUAAAUGACAGGUGCUAAAGGACAAAAGUCGUAUUUAUGUGAAACAGUUCUGUUGUUCAAAAGCAGUGUAAAAGCUGUAAUAAA